AUGAGCUCCAUCGCCAACAAGCCAAGAUCAGAGAUGACUGAGGAAGAGCUCCGUCAACAAGAAGAACUUGAAUUCAACACUGGUCCACUUUCAGUUUUGCAACAAUCCGUCAAAAAUAACAAUCAAAUCUUGAUCAGUUGUCGUAAUAACCACAAAUUGUUGGCUCGUGUCAAGGCUUUCGAUCGUCAUUGUAAUAUGGUGCUCGAAAAUGUCAAAGAGAUGUGGACUGAGACGCCUCGUAGUGGAAAGGGAGCAAAGGCUAAGCCUGUAAAUAAGGAUCGCUUUGUCAGUAAGAUGUUCCUUCGUGGUGAUACCGUCGUUCUCGUUCUCAGAAACACUGUAUAA